CACAGCACUGUUUUUGUGUACUUUGUUAACCUACAACCACACCAUACCACGAAUGCACCCACAACUGCUAUCAUGAAUUCGGGCCAUGGGGGACAUGGGACAAGCCAGAUGCCACUGGCGGGGGCUAUCCUUUGCUGCACUUCCAUCUCGCCUGAACAACGUACAGAGCUCGGAGUCAUUGGCGCGCAAAUGGGAGCCGUUAUCAAACUCGACCUUACCUCGGACGUUACACAUCUCGUUGUCGGAAACAUCAACAGCGCUAAAUACCGCUAUGUCGCAAAGUCACGCGAUGACGUGAAGGUGCUCGAUCCUGCAUGGCUGGAAGCAUUGCGCAAUGUUUGGAUGGAGGGAGGCGACGUCGACGUAGCCGUGAUAGAAGAGCAGUACCGAUUGCCCACAUUCUACGACCUGAAGAUAUGUCUGACUGGAUUCGACGAUCCCGAGCAGCGCAAAUUUAUCCAAGAAACGGUUUCCAAGAAUGGCGGCGAAUACCACGGCGACUUGACUAAGAGCGUCACGCACCUGAUUGCCGCGUCACCGACUGGCAAGAAGUACGAACACGCCGUCAACUGGGGCCUCAAAACCGUCACAUGGGAAUGGUUCGAGCAAAGUGUAGAGCGUGGCAUGGUUCUAGGCGAGGAAUACUACAACCCAACAACUCCUCCUGAAGAGCGCGGAAAAGGAGCCUGGGAACGUCGGCAGGAGGCAUCGCCCAUCCUAGGCAAACGCGUCCGUGAGACAAUACAGUCCAACUCGACUAAUCCCUCACGACGCAAGCUUAGACGCUCCGCAAGCACGCGACUAGGCAGUCAAAGUGUCGCCCUGUGGGCUGGUAUCACGGCCGGAGGUCUGGAACACACAAAGAGCAGGGCGGAUGACUGGACCGAUACAAGUAUUCCAAAUCCCGAGUUAUUACCCGCUGGCGCUGGAGCAGUUCAGAAAACAGCGCAAGCCCCAGAAGUGACGCACAUUGAUGCGGAUCGCGCGGAAGACCCUGCAUCCCAUACCCGCGGACCCUUUCUAGACGACGAAGACGGAAUUUUUGCAAAUCGUUUGGUGUUCCCGCACGGAUUCGAUCGGAAAAAGACGGAUAUCCUGUAUGACCAUCUUGAAGGAAAUGGAGCCGUCGUCGUUCGCGAAUCUUCAGAGCUCAACAAUUUCUCUUCUGAUGACAUCACUCGUGGCUUCCUUGUUAUUCCCCAUGAUAUCUCCGUUGACCUAGUGGCGUUGCCGGAAGGGUCCGAAAAACUAUCGUUAGUGACUAAUUGGUGGGUGGAACGUUGCUUGCACGGAAAAUGCCUGGUCGAUCCAGCAGACAGCCUGCUAUGUAGGCCUUUCAAUAACCUUACUGUUAGCGGUUUCCGCGAUUUGACUAUCAAUCUUACCGGCUUCUCCGGCAUCGAGCUCUUACAGGUGACUAAAGCUGUGUCACUAUUCGGAGCUACCUAUGACGAUUAUUUGUCUCCAAAGACCUCGGUAAUGGUUUGCAACACACGCAAACCCAACGCCGAAAAACUAGGUUUUGCGACCGAGAAGGGCAUACCAGCUGUGCAUGCUAGCUGGCUAUGGGAGUGCAUACGUCAAGGCCAUAAGCAGCAUUACGACACAUAUUCACUCACUGCAGUGGCGCGUCCACAGAAACCAAAGCCAAGAUCCAGAGCAUCUUUGCCUGCAGCACCUACCGCUCCGCUUUCUGAGGAUAAUCUCAAGAAUCGUCCCAAUAACCGCAAUGCGAAAAUAGCAACUAAAGCUCAGAGUGGUCCCAGACGACCCGGUGCACUAGAACUGUCACUGUCACUGUCAGGGCCUCCAACACCAACAUCCGACACCAAGUCAUCAAAUAAUACAGAAGCAAGCACUGACCGCGCAGCUGAAAAUCAAUCGCACAUCACACUCGAUGGUGCAACCUCCCUACCUCUACAAGACAUUCACCACAGUGUCAACUCACCUCAUCGCCGCCCAUCCACCAGUACCACACAUUCCGCUUCAGACGCCGAUGCGCCCACCACUAAGCCCGCUCCAGCACCGCGACACGCACGACGCCCCACACCCGAUUCAUCUGCAACUGCUCCCCAGCCCAACAAAGAUACCCCGCCAGUCGCCAGCGAUGACCCCAAACCACAGCAGCAAACAGACUACUCGGACAUGAUGUCUAGGCUUCUCGCAAACCGCAAAACCUCCAACUUGGGCUCGUCCGCAGACGACAAAACGCGCAGCAAGAAACGCCGACCCUUGGGGCGGGCGCAAUCUACGCGCUCAAACGCAUCCACAGCUUCGGACGCUGCUCGACAAAACUCGGCGCAAGACCAGGAUCCUGCUGACCAAGAGGCUAAGGAAUACGAGGAAGAGGCAGUGCUGCCAAACGAGGAUAAACAUGAUGUGGAAGCAGAGCCUCCCUCGUUCGCCAUCCCCCAAGCCAGCCAAGAACUCGGCUGGGACUCGCCGGGGGCGCAGCGCGCCAGAGAGAAUAUGAUUAGAGCUAUGGGUGGCAAGGUAAAAAGUGCGAAGAGUCUGGAUGAUGUCGCUGCUGUUGUCAAAGAUCAGACUGAGGCUGUGGGCGUCAUGGGGGGACGUGCGACUCGAAGAAGAAGAGGGUGAACGUUGUUUGUGGUAUAGCAGAUUAGAGGCCCGUUAUUGUGUUAUAUCGAAGGUGUGUGUUGUAUUAUUCAGUGACUGGGCAGGAGAGCUCAGAGAUGAGUGGGCGUGUUGUUUGGAUUACGGCGUCUAAAGAGAGCAAGUUGGAUCAUGAAUGAGCGAAUAGGUUCUAUACAUAUAUACAUGUAGCGUAGCGUAGCGUAGCAUAGCAUAGCAUCUGGCGACGGCGUUCAAAUUCAGCAUUUUGACGAAUCCAUCGACUGCAGUCAAGUCCCCCCCUACCAAUUCUCCCAAACUAAAACGUAAUCAAUCCAUGAAAUCCCAUUCCAUCAACAUACACCUCCACACAAGACAACCAUCCCACUUCCUUCCUUGUUCAACAAGAAACACCUCUUUGUCUGCCAACCUUCAUACUCUCUCACACACACAUCCUUGUCCUUCCUGACAACAAAAAAAUAUGCCUGAGUCACUCACCCACCCACACAUAUAAUUAGAUAGUCAGUUCGUUACACAAAACACAAAAGCCGGACACAGACAGGCUCUGCUGCUGCUGUGUAGCUAGACAGUAAUCCACACCUACGCCACCAAAACCCCGAAAAAUUCCUGAUGAAGCAUGUUUGACAACAUGCAUGCAUACUGUCUAUGUAAGGUAGUAACGUCACGCAGAUGACCCCACUCAGCAAUCAAUCAACACCUACCUUGCUAAAUGUAAGUAAACUUCCCGAUAAAGCAUGUUGACACACUGUACUAUGGCAUGCGUGCAUGCGUGCUGCUUACAUGUAGGUAACGUUACGUUGGUCGUCAAGUAGCUGUC